AUGUCUCAGACCGUGCUCAUGAAGGAGUAUAAGGCUUUGGCCAAAGAGAAAUGGGUACAGAUCGACAUCGACGAGGAGAAUAUCUACCAUUGGAAUCUGGCACUGAUGGUCCUGAACCCUGACUCUCUUUACUAUGGAGGCUAUUUCAAAGCACAAAUGACCUUUCCCAAGGACUACCCUUACAAACCGCCAGACUUCCGUUUCACCAAACCACUGUGGCAUCCCAAUAUCUACGCCGAUGGUCGGCUGUGCAUAUCCAUCCUACACGCACCCGGCGAAGAUCUCAUGUCUGGUGAAUCUGCCGGCGAACGGUGGUCCCCAGCACAGCGAGUAGAGUCCGUCCUCAUCUCUAUUCUUUCUCUACUCGAUGAUGCCGAAAUCUCAUCCCCCGCCAACGUCGAUGCUAGCGUAAUGUUCAGAGACGAUAAGGAGGCAUUCAAGGCUCGAGUCAAGCAAGACGUGGACGCAUCCAAGAUCGACAUUCCCAAGGGCUUCGUUCUGCCUACGCACGAAUCGUCCAAACCUGUCAUGGAGAAGAUCGACGAUGACUUUUGGAAUGAUAGCGACGCCGAAGAUGUGGACUUCGAUGACUUCGACGACUUCGACGACGAUGCAGCCAAUGGAAGUGAAUCCGAUGCUGACCUCAACAAUGAAUCGGAAGAUGAUGAGAACUACGAUGACGAUGUGGACGACGAGGACACCGAGCAUGGAAGGAGCCAUGGGAAGGGGAAGGCACGUGAGGACAGACUGGACUCCGAUAUGACUCAGCCGGAUGAUUGA